UUAAAUGUCCCGCCUCCUUCCCUGCCGCCGCCACCUAUCCUCCGCCUCCGCGGCCUGCCUCAGCGAGCUCGCCUCCCUCGUCGCCGCCGGCCGCUUCCACCGCUGCGUCGACUUCGCCAAGUCCCUCCUCCUCUCCUCCCAUCCCCCCGCCGCCAACGUCCCCGACCUCUACCACGCCCUCGCCGCCACACCCGCCGCCGCUGCCUCCGCCGCCGCCUGCCACGGCGACCCGCCCCCUCGUUCCUUCCUCUGCGACGCGGCUUCCGCCCUCGUCGUCGCCUCCGCGCGCCUCCGCCAACCCGACGGCGCGCUCCGCCUGCUCUCUCUCCUCGCCAGCGCGGGCGACGACGCCGUGCCCGCGCCGCUGCCGUCCCUCUCAUCCUGCAACCUCCUCCUCGAGUCCUUGCUCUCCCUCGACCGGUACACCGACGCGCGCGCCGCGUUCGGCGUCCUCGUGGCCGCCGGGGUACGCCCGGACACCUUCGCGUGGAACAAGGCCAUCCAGGCCUCCGUCGCGGCGGGAGACCUCGAUGAGGCCGUCAGCAUGCUGCGGCGGAUGGGCCGUGACGAAGGGGCUCCUCCGUCCGACGCCUUCUCGUACAAUGUGGUCAUCGCGGGACUAUGGAGGGCAGGGAAGGGCAGCGACGCCCUCAAGAUGUUCGAUGAAAUGGCGGAGAGGCGAGUUGCACCAAAUAGGAUCACAUACAACACGAUGAUCGAUGGGCACGUCAAGGGCGGGGACCUGGAGGCUGGUUUCAGGCUGCGGGAUCAAAUGCUCCAUGAUGGCCCAAAGCCGAAUGUCGUCACUUGCAACAUCCUGCUAUCAGGGCUGUGCCGCGCUGGCAGGAUGGACGAGACGAGAGCCUUGUUGGAUGAGAUGGCAUCGCAUAGGUUGGCGCCGGAUGGUUUCACAUACAGCAUUUUGUUUGGUGGUCUCACUAGAACUGGAGAUUCAUGGACCAUGCUUUCUUUGUUUGGAGAGUCUUUGAAGAAGGGCAUCAUGAUUGGGGCUUACACUUGCAGUAUCUUUCUGAAUGGUCUUUGCAAAGAAGGAAAGGUUGCAAAGGCAGAACAAGUGUUGGGGAUGUUGGUGCACACAGGAUUGACCCCAACACGAGUGAUCUACAACACUCUAAUCAAUGGCUAUUGUCAGAUUCGGGACCUUCAAGGGGCCUUCUCCAUAUUUGAGCAGAUGAAAUCACGUUACAUUAGGCCAGAUCACAUCACUUAUAAUGCACUAAUAAAUGGUUUGUGCAAGGCAGAGAUGGUGACCAAAGCAGAGGAUUUGGUGACGGAGAUGGAGAAUAGUGGAGUGGAUCCGAGUGUGGAAACUUUCAAUACACUGAUUGACGCUUAUGGUAGGGCUGGCCAACUUGAGAAAUGUCUCAUUGUUCUAUCUGAUAUGCAAGAGAAGGGUAUAAAGUCAAAUGUUAUCUCUUUUGGUUCAGUUGUAAAUGCUUUUUGCAAGAAUGGAAAAAUCCCAGAAGCUGUAGCAAUCUUGGAUGAUAUGAUACACAAAGAUGUUUUACCAAAUGCACAGGUCUACAACUCAAUCAUCGAUGCUUAUAUAGAGUCUGGUGCCAUUGAGCAGGCUUUUAUUCUUGCUGAGAAGAUGAAAAAUAGUGGAGUAUCUGCAAGUAUAGUUACCUACAAUUUGUUGUUAAAAGGUCUUUGCAAAAAUUCACAAGUUGAUGAAGCUGAACAAUUGGUCUACAACUUAACAAAUCACGGGCUGAGACCUGAUGUUGUCAGCUACAAUACUAUAAUAUCAGCAUGCUGCAACAAGGGCGAUGCUGAUAGAGCAUUGGAGCUUCACCACGAAAUGCACAAGUAUGGCAUCAAACCUACACAGAGAACAUACCAUACACUUCUUAGUGCAUUGGGUGGUUCAGGGAGAGUACAUGAUAUGGAAAGUCUGUAUCGGCAAAUGUUGCACAAGAACGUGGAGCCUAGCAGUAGCAUAUAUAGAAUCAUGGUCGAUACCUAUGCGAGAUUUGGCAAUGAAUCAAAGAUGGAAUCUCUGAAGAAGGAAAUGUCAGAGAAAGGAAUUGCCAUUGAUGACACUGAAAGAACUAACUGUGAGCUAGAUAGGAGCAUAGCAAGUCCAAUUUGAUUGCAUUGUUUUGAAAGGAACAGGCUGGAGGGCUGCCUAUUGUGUUAAUAGAAAAACAAAAGGAGUUUCAGAGUUAGAGUUCAAUUGUACAGAAACAAAAAGAAAUAGCAGUAUGCAGCUCAAAAGGAUGCUAACUGCUAGAAAACUCAUGCACCAUAUUCCUGCUCCGUUACUUCCUAAGUUGCAAGGAUGACGGAGGAUAUUAUUUCGAAAAUUUGGUCAUUGCACCUCACGGACAGAAUGUUCUGAUAUUCAUUCACGACAGAAUUUUCUAUCCACCAGAAGAGAAGGUGCAGAUGUGCAGUACAUCUCCAAGUAAGAUCAGCUUACCCACUCAUUCUUGAUUUGUAGUAGUCUCGGACCCUUGGAGGAUACUUUUUCCUAGAAGAUCUCAGUUCCUUAAAUGAUCACUAUCUGGUCAACUAGAUGGAGACUGCUGUGCAAUCAGGAGUAGUGGACUUAUCUCUUGGUUUUUCAGUUUGUCACUGACAGCAAUGGGAAAGUUAUUGCUUACAUGGUUGUGGAUAGUACUUCCUGAAACAAAAGUUGUUAUGAGAGUAAAGGCAGAAUCCCUCUAGAAUUAUUCAACAUGCUACUAUAGAUCAAUGAGCUGUCAUCGUCAUACUUAUUUCUCGUAGGACAACUUCCGCAAGAGUGAACUCAAGAGUCUUGGCUGCCCCCAUAGUGGCUGGCUGCAAAAGGUAAUUUCGUCUAGAUUGGAGAUCAGGCAUAAGUUCAGGGAAAUGCAUAACGGCUUGGCAACUGCAAACAGUAGAGUAUGGAGGCCUGGGUGUUUUACAUCUAAAGCUACCUGGUUGUGGUUUGCAGCUGAGAUAGAUCUCGUCGCGUAAGGUACAUUAUGGACACAAUUAUAAAUCUUUCCAAAUUGAUUUUGAGCUUAGGUUCCAGCCAUAUUUGAUACCUUGCCAAGGGUCCACAUUGAUGAUGGAAAAAUUGCUCCUUUUUGGUGAACUGGGUAGAACCAUAGAGGCACCGCAAUGAGAAAUGUAGCGCCUGACUUACGAGAGCUUAGUUACUAUUAAAACAAAGAAGCUGCAGAUGGUCAAACAAACUCUUCACCAGGAACAGAGGAUCAGGGGUAUUAUCAGCCUGUUGUCAGUGCAAGCUUAAUCAACAUAGUAAAUCUUCACGGAAGGGCAACACAGUGCAUCGGCGAUGGCCAUGCUCAGGUCAACACAGUGCUAAAUCGGCAUUCAAGAUAAUUUUUUCAAGGAUCUCUAGUGCAAUAGCACUUUGGGAAUCUUGAGUACCACUCUUGGUCUGAAUUUUGUAUGCUGGAUCUUCAGAGACAGCUUUGGACACCAGAGCAUAUGGAAAUACAUGGGCUAGAGUCACAGAUUAUGCAAUGACUCACGACCAAGAAACUGAAACAGCAGGCCACCUUCUUACCAAACGUGUCUUUGCUAAGCAAAUGUUGAAUUGCUGUAACCUUCCAGGUGAACCUUCAAGAUUGGUGGUUACUCCUAAGAUGAUUGACGCAGAAAGUCGGUUGUCAGCCGUGUGAACAAACCAGGUGAGAAGCUCAUGACUGCAAAGACUGCACGGUUACUGGUGUUAAGCACCUUGGUAGAUUAAGGUUGCAACCAUAGUCCUUUUAUCAUUUUUCGCUUCAGGUAUUAAAUAACUAUUGUUGUUCACUGAACCAUUACCAGAGGGCAAAAAAACAAUAUUCUUUAUCUUUU